UCGUAUGUUGGUACAUACUGUAAUCCAUGGGGGCGAAUUGAACAUGGCGGCUUGUAUCUUGAGGCAAUUAUCGAGAGGAAUUGGAUUUGCUGCAAAGUGUAAAGUUUAUGGAGGCACUGUUUCAAGAUUGACACAUGGAGAAGCAGCAGCAGUAGCAACUGAAACUAGACCAACUGUUCGGAAAUUUGAUGCAAUUCAGCAUUCACAGUUGACAGACUUUGGGAAAUAUGUAGCAGAAUGUUUACCAAAGUAUGUGCAGAAAGUCCAGUUGACAUCUGGAGACGAGCUAGAGGUCUUGAUCGCUCCUGAAGGCAUCGUACCAGUAUUACAGUUUCUGAAAGAUCAUCAAAAUUCACAGUUUGCCAACCUGGUUGACAUUGCAGGGAUGGAUGUGCCAGCCCGUCAGUACAGAUUUGAGGUGAUAUACAACUUGCUGUCCCUGCGGUACAAUUCACGGAUUCGCGUUAAAACGUACACUGAUGAGCUGACUCCACUCGAUUCGGCGUUCAGCGUGUUCAAAGCGGCCAACUGGUACGAACGAGAAAUCUGGGACAUGUAUGGGGUGUUCUUUGCCAAUCAUCCCGACUUGAGAAGGAUUCUUACUGAUUAUGGCUUUGAAGGACAUCCUUUUAGAAAGGACUUUCCCCUUUCUGGAUAUGUUGAGGUUCGUUAUGAUGACGAGAGAAAGCGCGUGGUCGUCGAACCGGUCGAAUUAGCUCAAGAGUUUCGACGAUUUGAACUGUCGACACCCUGGGAACAGUUUCCUAACUUCCGUGAUGUUCCAGCUGCUGCGGAAGAGGUGCCUGUGGACCCGAAAGAAAAGAAGUAAGGUCUAGAAGUCGCACUUCCUGUAAGGGCAUCGCAAUCGAUAUUUACUCUGCAUUAGACACAAAAAUAAAAUGAUAUUGUAAUAUGUACAGGUAUUAAAGAAGUUGUUGAACAUUG